AUGCUGCGGCACAGCCUGUGUCGAUAUCGCCGCAUCAGCUACGUGACGGAUGUGGAGGGCGACUUUGCGUACUUUCAGCGCUUUGUCGCCAUCUCACGAGUGCUUCAGUGGGAGUCGACAAAGCCUGCGGUCUCCUCCGACCCUCCCCGUUCCAGCGCGGGUAACAGCAACGACAGGGGAGUCGCGAAUGCCCGGUGGGCACCGCUGUCCUCUGCCGUGCUUCCGGCUCCUUCGAAGGCGUUUCCAGCAAGCAACCCUGCUGCCAACAUGCAAACACUAGAUGCCACCACCACCGCAACUGCCGUUGAUGCCGUUGAUGCCUACGAGCCGGGGUAUUGUCAUCUUGUGGACCUCUCUCGCUAUCGGCUUGGCUUCCAGGACGCAAGCUCGCACUUUGUCUUCGGUGGCGACGCCUUCGACCAUGGCAGCGACAUCACAUUCGGCGAGGUGCUGCUCGACUUCAAACGCCGCUUCCCAUCUCGUGUGCACCUGCUGCUCGGAAACCGAGACGUGAACAAGAUGGCCAUGUACCCGCGCAUGGCACGCGAGGUCGAGGGGAUGACUCCCGACGCAGCAGAGGACAACGUCUUCACGCUAACACCACCGUCGAAAGAGACCAUCGCGGCGGCAGCGGUGUCGCUGACCGAACCUGUGCGGUACCGCGACUUCCUACUCAGGCAGCAGCGGCAAGAAGCACAGCAGCAGGGCGGCUCAGGGCACGCCGCUUCGAGCUCGUGUGGCGGCGGUGCUUGUGUCAGCAGCAGCAAUACGCUGUGCACAGACGCUAUUUCGUUCUUGCAGUGGGCAUUGCAGUACAAGCUUGGAGGCCCGAACACCUUUGCCCAUCGACGGCAGGAGCUGCGCGAGUUGGCGGCAAUGGCGGCCGACGGGUGUGGGGCGGUGACGGUGGCACCUCCCGCAACUGAUGCGGAGGCUAUUCGGUACAGCAGUGCUAACGCCGAGGAUGCCGUGGUCGCCGCCUCCUUCUUCGCCGCCGCGCAGCCCGGCGGGGUCUACUACGAGUACAUCCGCGCCGGUGUCCUCAGCGUCGUGCUGGACGGCGUUCUUUUUGUCCACGGAGGUGUGAACAGCCGCAACGCCGGCUUUGUGCCCAGCCUGGAGGCGACCUCCUACGCGGAGCAGCGGACCGCUGGGCAGUGGUUGCUGCCAGGGAUCCCUGCGCAGGAGGCGGCCUCGGCCCCGGAGGCGUCCUCGGCCACCUCAGCGCUGGACUGGCUUGCUGCCUUGGAGCGAUUCAAAGCGGCCGCCUUCUCCGAUUGGUCGAACGGCACUUCCCUGUGCGGCGAGGCGCUGCGGGCGUACGUCUACCCGCGCUUCGUCGCCCCACACUCGAUUGCAGUGGGUACAGUGAUGAACGUAGACGGCCCCCAUCACGUACCGCUCACAGUGGCCGCCUACCUUCUCCAGUCCGGCAUCCACACCGUGUGCUCUGGGCACCAGCCGGUGGGCGACACCCCAGCCAUCGUCCGUCAGCCCGGCGGCUUCACGAUCAUCGACGCGGACAAUUCCUACUGCGGCCGCGGCAACGAAUUCUGCACGCAAUUCAACCGCCGCGGCGCGGCUGUGAUGGAGCUCGUGUUUGAGCACCCGGACGACCACGGCGGCGGCGAUGACGUGGCAUCGCACAGCGCAGCUGCUGCCUCGCCCUCGCUGACCGUCCACGGCUGCCGUGCUGACAGUACGCCGUUCGAGUUCGAUAUCUACAGCGACUGGCGCGUGGGUCGUUACGUGGGUGAUGGUUGGUGGGUGCGGUUGCCCCCAGAGGCCACCGCCGCCGCGUCAUCGUCGUCUGACAGCGGCAGCGAGGCAGCACACGCGGGACUCUACGAGCUGCGGCGCACUCGGGACGGAUUCCGACACGAGGAGACGCGGUGGGCCACUGCAGCGGAGCUCGACACCUGGUUGUGGCAGGCCGCGGCAAGCAGGCAGGCGACCGUGCCGGGCGAAUUGGCUCAGCGGUACACAGCGGAGGAACUCGCCGAGGUGCGUGUUCACCGCCUCAAGACGAAGGUGAAGCCCACGUGA